GACUCUGGGUGUCUCUCCCUCUCACACAGACUCUGGGUGUCUCUCCCUCUCGCACAGACUCUGGGUGUCUCGCACCAGACUCACCACACACACGCGCUCCUCCUGCUCUCGCUCGCGUCCUCACCGAGCUAAACACAGCAUCAGCAGCAGCAAAAUCAGCAGCAGCAGCAUCAGCAGCAGCAACAUAGCAGCAGCAUCAGCAGCAGCAACAUCAGCAGCAGCAUCAGCAGCCCCGUGCGGACAGCCAGAGGCACGAUGCUUGAGGUGUCCGUCUCCAAGUCCAGCCUCGACGUGUCACCAAUUGUGCUGGCACUUGUUGGCGUCACGCUGUUGGUUGUGACACUCUCAGCCUCGGCAUACGCGUGGAUCUGUUGCCUGGGUAAAACCAGGAGAGCAAGCAAAUCAUCACCCAUUAAACUUGCUCACAUUUUAAAGGGCAUAAAUGUCUACUCUGAAGAAGUGGGCGAAGUGAAGUGCUAUGAGAACAAACACGAGGUAGAACCCUUCAAGGACAACCAAAAUAGGAGCCUAAAGCCACCCGUCAUGGUUCAAAAUGUAACACUAGCCCAGUCCGGCAAUCUCACACUGGCCAGCCCCGAUGGCAACCAAAACACAAUCCGCAGCACACCCGGACUCGAACUGGGCUCGCCGCAAAACCCAUCCUGUCGCUCGUUCAGCGAGCAGAGCUCUCCGGCAAGUCGCACCGACUGCGACGGGAGAGGCGCUGAAGAUCUGUCGUCGAGCAAGAGCCCUUCCCCGUUCUCUCUUGACGGUGAAGACGUCCACCUGGGCACACUCCUCUUUGCCGUCGAGUACAAUUUCCAAAAGCAGGCAUUUGUGGUCACAAUACGGGAGGCGCGCAGUCUCCCCGUAAUGGACGAUCAGACGGGCAGCUCUGACCCAUAUGUGAAAAUGACCAUCUUGCCUGAUAAGAAGCACAAGAUCAAAACACGAGUGCUCAGGAGAACGCUGGAUCCCAUGUUCGACGAAACGUUUACCUUCUAUGGCAUUGCCUACAAUCAGCUCCAGAGUCUCGUCUUGCACUUUCUCGUUCUGAGCUUUGAUAGAUUCUCCCGAGAUGACGUUAUUGGUGAGGUGAUGGUGCCCUUGGCUGGAAUUGAUUUGAGUCCCGACAAGGUCUUUUUGAGCCGAGACAUCACAAAGAGAAAUGUACAGAAAUCGGUGGGCCGCGGAGAGAUCCUGGUCUCGCUGUGUUACCACCCAGCGGCGAGCAGACUAACUGUGGUUGUGCUGAAGGCAAGGCACCUUCCAAAAACAGACAUCGUCGGUCUCUCAGACCCAUACGUGAAGGUGAACAUAUACAGUGGGAAACGACGGUUCGCCAAGAAGAAGACGCACGUCAAGAAGUGCACGCUGAACCCCGUCUUCAACGAGUCGUUUGUGUUUGAGCUGCCCGAGGAAGGCCUUUCUGACCUGGCCGUCGAGCUCACAGUGGUGGACUUUGACCGCACCACCAAGGACGAGGUGAUUGGGAGGCUGGCCCUGGGGCCUGGCACUGAGCACUGGCGCGAGGUUUGUGAGAAUCCGCGCCGCCAGAUCGCCAAGUGGCACCCGCUGAGCGAGUGCUGACCGCAGCGACAACUGGGCCCUCUGGAAGGCCACAGCAAUCUGUAGCAGCGGUUUUGUUGAUUUCAUUUUAUUUGCAUAUCUAUGUGUAUAUAUUAUUGAGAGUUGCAUCAAAAUUUAAUGGGCUGGAAAUGGAAACUUUUGAGCCACUUUAUAGAUAGAAACGAGGUCGUGGAGACCAGGUUUUAGGCCACUGGGUACACUAAAUGUGUUUUUAUAUUUUACUGAACAUCACUGUGGAUCAAUAAUGAGUAAAGUUUAGCUUAUAAUAGUUUUAGCAGUCCAUUAAAAAUGUUAUGCCUUUAUACAUUUCAGCUUAAGAGGCAACAUAAAAAUCCUCUAAAUUUUUCUGGCCUGGAAAAUUGACGUUGCGUUAUUUCCAAAUUUAAUAUUUGACAUUUCACGCAUAGAUAUAUUCCACACAUCUUGAAACAUAUGCCAUUUUGCAAUACCAUUAAAAAGGACAAAUAUUUGACUAAAUAGUGGAGCAUCAUUGUCUCUGUCACGAAAAUAAUUUGAUGACAUAACGAAACAAACUCAUAUUGAUCCACAGAAGUAGAC